AUUGGCCAACUUCUCAAGCAACCACUGACAGGAGGGUAUGGCAUGUCUUCAGAGGUGUCCUCAUGCUAAAACAAGUGAGCAUAGAAUGAGAUACACUAUGUACAAAACUAUUUCUGUUUUCCAUGCACAGUUGUCUGCCUAUUGUUUCCGUACAGUUUGUCAUAUUUAGUACAGGUGUAUUGACAAUGGCACGUCAACAUGACUUCCUCUUCUCAGUCAGGUGAAAUUGUUGUCUGACAUGAGUAAUGCAAACCAGAGUCUAAGCAGAAGUACUAAUACAGGUCCUAAUUGGAGCCAUCACCACUCGUAUAGAUCAAUACUGGGUAAGGUUUCUCUGUACUUGUAUCUCUAAGAAACACACUGUUGACAACUAAAGGAUGUCAGAAGAGCUGCAUUAUUCUACAGUAGUUUUCAAGAAUCCCAUCAUUUCUUUGCUGGAAGAGAAAAAAGAGGAAGAAACAGUAUAUGCUGAAGUUAAGGGAAGUGCGGUCACUCAACGGAAUCCUGCCACAGCAGUGGAUGAGAGGCCUGCUCUCCACUCUCAACCCUUUCGAGGAGUGGCAGUGUGUUUGGGUGUUCUUUGUGUCCUCUUGGUUUCAGCCAUUAUAGGCCUCUAUGUGUACUUCAGCACUGCCCUGUCAGAGCACAACACAAAGUUGGUGAGGGAACUGGAGCAACUAACAGAUGUGCGUGCAUUCCUACUGGCGUCCAAUCAGGACCUUACGAACCUCAACAGCAAUCUGAGUAAAGCCAAUCACAUUUUGCGGUGUGAUUAUAGCAAAGUAAGCACUGCAAACCAACGUUUAGCGGCUGAGAAAGAAGCAUUGUCAAGAGAGAGGGAUAGACUGAACUGGAAUCUUAGGUACAUAUAUCAGUUUGAAAAUUUUCCAGUCAAUCAAUAUUGUUCACCAAAGGAUGACGUAGGAGAGAGAAAGUGUAACCCUUGUCGAAGUGGGUGGAUGUUGUUCCAAUCUAGUUGUUACCAGAUUUUAUACCAUUCCAGUCCCUGGAAGACCUGGGAACAAAGCAGAGAGAAUUGCAAAAAAAAUCAUUCUGAUCUGCUUGUCAUAGGAAGUCAAACGGAACAGGAAUUCAUUCAUAACCACACUCAAUACUACUUUGAUAUUCAUCAUGGAUACUGGAUCGGUUUGACUGACAUAGCUAAUGUCAACCAAUGGCUCUGGGUUAAUGGAAGUCACCAGACUGAUGGGUUUUGGAAGAGACAAACUGGGGGAGGUAAUUGCGUGUUAACUGUCCCAAAUAAUGCGCCUUUGGCUAAUUGGAAUGCUGAAUCAUGUAGUAUGCAGAACCGUUGGAUCUGUGAGAGUAGAGCCUUACUAUGCUAUCAUGCACUCCUAUCUUUGCUAUUCCUAGUGGAGGAGGGCCCUGCUCCCCACUCUCAAAACUUUGGAGGAGUGGCAUUGUGUUUGGGGGUUCUUUGUGUCCUGUUGGUGUCAACCAUUUUACCUCUCUGUGUCUACUUCAGCACUGCCCUCUCAGAGCACAACACAAAUUUGGUGAGGGAACUGGAGCAGCUAACAGAUGAGCAUAUAUCCCUACUGGCAGCCAAUCAGGACCUAAUGAAUCUCUACUGCAAGCUGAGUGUAGCCAAUCACAUUUUGCAGAGCGAUUACAUCAAAGUGUCUACUGAAAACCAGCAAUUGAAGGCAGAGAGGAUGAACUUGUCAAGAGACCGGGAUGGGCUCAACUGGACUCUUGGGGUCAUAUUUCAGUUGAAGAAUUUCCCAGUUGAUAACUACUGUCCAUAUGAAGAUGCCAACACCAAAGAUAGAGCAUGCAAACCUUGUCAAGUUGGCUGGGUGCUGUUCCAAUCCAGUUGUUACCUGUUUCUGCACAUUAAAGUCCCCUUCGGUCACCUUUGGAGGACCUGGCAAGGAAGCAGACAGCACUGCAAAAACAACAAUGCCGAUUUGGUUGACAUAGGCAGUCAAGAGGAACAGGAAUUCAUUCUCAACAACACUCAAGCCUACUAUGAUGAAGAUCAUGGGUACUGGAUCGGCCUGACUGACAUAGCAGAAGACGGUCAAUGGCUUUGGGUUGAUGGACGUAAUCAGAAUCUGACUGAUGGGUUUUGGAAGAUUCAACCUGUAUGGGGUCGCGAUUGUGCUUUAACUAACCCAAACAAUGAACCUUUGGCUAAUUGGAAUGCUGCAUCAUGUGGCCAGAGAAACCGAUGGAUCUGUGAGAGUAAAGCAUUAAUAUGGUCAGGAUAAAUUGAGCCACGUUCACAGUCAAAAAAGCUAUUGUAUAGCAGUGUAUAACAAUUUUCAAAUAGAACACUUGUGUAGGGCUUUCAUAGGUUCCGUUUUUUUAUAUUUAUAAAACAACAUUUUUUUUUUAAGCGAUGCAAUACUUCUAAAUCAGCAGCUUUAAUUGUCACUUCAUGUAAAUGUACCUCAGAGUAGUAUGGAAAGUUAAUUGAGCAAAGAAAAUGCAUUACCGUGCUCAUAUGUAGCAACCUCAUAUCUAUGUUGAUAUCACAUUGUUUAAAACAGCCAUGUUGAGAAUAUUAAUACAAGACCACUAGACAAGUAUAAAAACACCAGUUGACGCUGAAAUACACUGCUCAAAAAAAUAAAGGGAACACUUAAACAACACAAUGUAACCCCAAGUCAAUCACACUUCUGUGAAAUCAAACUGUCCACUUAAGAAGCAACACUGAUUGACAAUAAAUUUCACAUGAUGUUGUGCAAAUUGGAAUAGACAACAGGUGGAAAUUAUAGGCAAUUAGCAAGACACCCCCAAUAAAGGAGUGGUUCUGCAGGUGAUAACCACAGACCACUUCUCAGUUCCUAUGCUUCCUGGCUGAUGUUUUGGUCACUUGUGUCCACGGAGUCUACAACCCACACAAGUGGCUCAGGUAGUGCAGCUCAUCCAGGAUGACACAUCAAUGCGAGCUGUGGCAAGAAGGUGUGCGGUGUCUGUCAGCGUAGUGUCCAGAGCAUGGAGGCGCUACCAGGAGACAGGCCAGUGCAUCAGGAGACGUGGAGGCGGCCAACAACCCAGCAGCAGGACCGCUACCUCCACCUUUGUGCAAGGAGGAUCAGGAGGAGCACUGCCAGAGCCCUGCAAAAUGACCUCCAGCAGGCCACAAAUGUGCAUGUAUCUGCUCAAACGGUCAGAAACAGACUCCAUGAGGGUGGUAUGAGGGCCCGACGUCCACAGGUGGGGGUUGCGCUUACAGCCCAACACCGUGCAGGACGUUUGGCAUUUGCCAGAGAACACCAAGAUAGGCAAAUUCACCACUUGCGCCCUGUGCUCUUCACAGAUGAAAGCAGGUUCACACUUAACACGUGACAGUCUGGAGACGCCGUGGAGAACGUUCUGCUGCCUGCAACAUCCUCCAGCAUGACCAUUUUGGCGGUGGGUCAGUCAUGGUGUGGCAUAUCUUUGGGGGGCCGCACAGCCCUCCAUGUGCUCGCCAGAGGUAGCCUGACUGCCAUUAGGUACCGAGAUGAGAUCCUCAGACCCCUUGUGAGACCAUAUGCUGGUGCGGUUGGCCCUGGGUUCCUCCUAAUGCAAGACAAUGCUAGACCUCAUGUGGCUGGAGUGUGUCAGCAGUUCCUGCAAGAGGAAGGCAUUGAUGCUAUGGACUGGCCCGCCCGUUCCCCAAACCUGAAUCCAAUUGAGCACAUCAUGUCUCGCUCCAUCCACCAACGCCACGUUGCACCACAGACUGUCCAGGACUUGCCGGAUGCUUUAGUCCAGGUCUGGGAGAUCCCUCAGGGGACCAUCCGCCACCUCAUCAGGAGCAUGCCAGGCGUUGUAGGGAGGUCAUACAGGCACAUGGAGGCCACACACAAUACUGAGCCCCAUUUUGACUUGUUUUAAGGACAUUACAUCAAAGUUGGAUCCGCCUGUAGUGUGGUUUUCCACUUUAAUUUUGAGUGCGACUCCAAAUCCAGACCUCCAUGGGUUGAUACAUUUGAUUUCCAUUGAUAAUUUGUGUGUGAUUUUGUUGUCAGCACAUUCAACUAUGUAAAGAAAAAAGUAUUUAAUAAGAAUAUUUCAUUCAUUCAGAUCUAGGAUGUGUUAUUUUAGUGUUCCCUUUAUUUUUUGAGCAGUGUAUAUAUUUUCUUAUACAGUCUGUAGCUGAAUUUUUCCAUACAAAUAAAUAUGUUGACAAGAAACAAAA